UCUUAUACAGUCGUAUCUCAGAUGCUCUGUUUCUGUCUCCGAGGUGCUGCUAUGCUCCUGAGAGAGUCUCCUGUAAUGCACUACAGUCGGUGGUGGUUUCCCUUGGGCUGCAGAUGCUGCCUUCUGCUGGAGCGGCACUGCUUCGCCGGCCCGUGCAGAGAUGGCGAGGAAACCCCGUUGACAAGGCACUGCUUUUUCAUGACGGUGUCAUGGAUGAUGAAGACGAUCGCCGUCUUCUGGAUUUUAUAGGAGAUGUGCAAGAUUUGAAUGAAUAUCUUCAUGGCAACGAUAACAAGUCGAUAGAGGAGGAUGACCUAACAAAUGCUACAUAUGGGUCUGCAGGCUCCUUUUUCACAAGUGACACAGGUGGCUCAGACGAAGGGCUUAAAGAUGGCCACAAUCACCUGGAAGAGUUUGGGGAGGCUGGUGGAGCUGGACUUCAGCUCUCCAACAGUCUUCAGUUCAUCGAAGAUGAGCUUGAAGGUACCGUCUCCCCCAGUGGAAUUGAUCUUGGUGGUGAGGACCAGCCAUUUGACAUCCUUCAGAAGUCUUUGCUGGAGGCUGAUAUCACAGAGCAGACAUUGGCUCAAGAGGCGUUGUUGGACUCCCAGCCUACUUUAGCCCCUGCCACUACCACCUUUCCUCAACAGCUGGUCUCUGGGGGAUUUGGUGGCGUUUCAGGAGCUGGAGUGAUGGCCCCAUUGCCCCUUGCUGGGGCGCAACCUCAGGCUUUUAUUCAGCAAGUUCCCCAGUUGCCGUUGGCAAAUGGACCAGCAGGACAUAUUCAGUUAGUGGGCUCGUUUAAUGGAGGUGCUCCCUCCAUGAUGACUAUCAACAGCCUGGAGCGGCCUCAGAUCCUGUUGAGACCUGGUGGAAAUGCAGUGACGAACAGUACUGGCCAGGGUGCAGCUUUCGCCCCUUCUGCACCUGGACAAGUGUCCGUUCCCUUUAAUAAAAGUGCAAUACCAUUGCAGAAUAUUAUCAUUCAGAGGGGCCCUUCACCACAGACAUUAGUUAGGCCCAUUCAGCCUAAGCCCCUUCAGACAGGUGGACAAACUGUGUACAAUAUCAGCAACAUAGGGAUCCAGCAAAACACCACCACUACUGUAAAUCCAGGAAAUAAUGUCUACACGGUCAAUGGAUCUCCUCAGACUACUCAGCAGGUAAAAGUACUUAGUCAAGCCACCAGCAUUGUAGUGCAUUCUCCAUUAGGACAGCAAGGUCAGCCACAAACCCAGCCCAGUCUGCCCCAGGGGCAGUUUUUGCUACCCAGUUCUCUGGGUCUCACCACUGGCAGCACUGUCCAUGGCUUCCAGGCAGUGAAUGGACAAGUUCUCCAAUCCAACACACAAGUAGGUGACUCGUCCUUAACUAGCACUACAUCCUACUCCAUCUUGACCAAUCAGAAUACAGCAGUACAGAUAAUUGCUGGACAGAAUUUUGCUGCUGGAGGGCAGUUGAUAGUUAAUCAAGGUGUGGUUGGUGCAGGUCAGAUAGGGCAAGCUUCUCCUACAGCUGUUGUACAGGUCUCCCAGAGGCCUGGUGUCGCAGCCAAAGUCUGGACCGCCAAUGCAUCACCCAGUCCAGCAACUAUACCAACCUCCCAGGCUCCAAGUCGUCUCACCAUGGUUAACUCUGCAGCCCAGGGGCUCCAGGCACACCAGCAGAUAUCUGUCAGUGCAGUACCACGCCUUUUAGUGCCUGUGGCACAGAAUGCCACAAGCUCUUCACAUGUUGCAGGUCCAGAGCUACAGUUUGAAAAGCAGCAGGUACCCUUGAACCAGGACUCCACAUUACCAAUACAAAAAGGGCAGACACAGUUGGUUAAUCUUCUUGGUACCAAAGGUGUGAAAACGAUAACUCCCACUAACCAGGAAAACACUUCGAAGAGACCCGCAACACAGCAGCUUACUAGAGGAGGAAUGAUCCUCCAGCAAUUAAGAAGGGAUCAUACCGGAGUAAUGUCUGCAAACCGAGCACCCUUCACUUCUCUGAAUGAUGUUAUUGACAGAUUACUACCCUAUCAUGUGUUCCAAGGAGCACCACCUUGUGAGGAGGAUUUUACCAAAGUGGAUGAAGAAUUUCAGGCAGUUGCUACACAAGUGUUGAAGAGAACACAAGCCAUGGUGAACAAAUACAGGCGCUUGCUCAUGGUAGAGUCUGAGCGGUCCAGCCCAUCAUCAGAAAUCGUGAUGAUCGACAGAACAUUCAACCAAGAGGAACGGAGCACUCUGACUCAAGACAAACGAAUGGUACUUGUAGACCCAGAUGGCUUCCUAGAGGACUUUUGCUGUGGGCCUAAGAAGAUGACCUCUCGCUCAGAAUCCCUGGAUUCAGUUGAAUAUGAGGGCUUCCCUAGUUUAAUGGGGGCAUCUCCUAGCCAAGACACAACAAACAUGGAAGGUGCACAGGGGACGGAUAUAUGUACAGAGCCUGCUUAUAGGACAGAAUCCUAUCCAGCUUUUGAGGAAUCAGGUGGUGGGAAACAGGGAGAAUAUGGAGAGACUGCCAUCAAAAUCACCAUAGACAUGAAGAAAAAGAGGUCCAAUAACAUCAUCAGUAGUAGCAGUCAGCACCAUCAACGCCUUCACCAUGCUCGGCACUCCACAUCCCCCAGUCACUCUCAGCACAGCUCUGCCCAGCCCUAUCCUCCAGAACAGGCCCUGUCUUUAGACCAUAGUCAAGUCUCACUAGCUGACACAGACUCUGUGCUUGAAGCUGCGGUGAACAGCAUAUUAGAAUGUUAGUGCCAUGUUUUUUCUUUGUGUUUGAGAGAUGUCAGUUGAAUCCCAUGAUUUGUGCGAUUGGAAAACGCAUUUCAACAAAACAAAGGUUUAUGCACGAAGUGUCCCUUCAGGUGAGUGGUAAUUAGGAAAGGGAAAAAUAGAAUGAUGGUGAUGAUCUAUUGUGCCUAUCAUUCUGGAAACAUUCACAUUAGAAAGCCUUGUUCAACAUUGCAAACACAUACACACAUGCCCACAUAUUCACACACAAGGCAGUUAUGUUUGAGAAGUUCUGGUUAACCAUCACUGAUAUCUGUAGCUCUUAGAUCAAUACUGAACAUCCCAAUGCAUAGACCUGCUUUUCCAGCAUCAGUUGUAGUGUACUCUUGGACUAAGUGUCCAUGGAGGUUCUCUGUAGAUUUAGCUUUUACCUGUUAUCUAGCUAGCAACAUGAGAUGCUGGGUUAACAUGUGCUUCCUUUUAGGAUGGGCAUUGUUGCAGGGCAGCUGAGUUCCCAGUUCUGAGCUUGUGACCUGACAGUUGCUCAUGAUUGGCCAGCGUCACUUUGGGUUUAAUCUUUUUGUCCAUUUAUGCCACUCGAGAACCCAGAAAAUUCUUUUUUAGUUUAAGACUGGGCUUCAUCUGUGUCUGGAAAAGCAGCCUUUUGCUGAUCUUUUUUGCACUUAAGGCUAUAUAUCCUCCUAGAUUUUAAUGGUUGAUUUAAAGUAGUAGUAUUCAAUCCCAGUCCUGUAAAUUUCCUGCACUGCACGUUUUUGUGUUCUCUCUGCUUUUACAAUCCUGAAUCAUUUCUAAAAGGGUUUGGAAAUUAGCUAAUGAGUGAAUCAGAUGGAAACACAAAACAGUACAGUCUUGGUGAGGGAAUUGCGUACCACUGCAAGAGCAUUCCCUGUGCUCGUGUUUCUUGUAUUUAGCAUUUGGUUUUAUACCUUACAGGUAUGCAACUACUCUCCACACAAACAAGCUCAACCUGAGUGGUUUUGUGCUCGGGGAACUUAAGUCCUCAGAUUGAGGAAUGUUACUUUUUCUGUCUUUUUUUUAUUUUAACAAUUAAUUUUUUAAUGACUUUGUUAGUCUGUGCUGCUCCUAGCCCUGGACAAAAAGACUGCUGUUGUGUACCUCUAGGAUGUGUUUGGGUGAGCCUACAGUGAAAAAUGCUGUCUUAAACAUUUUUCAUUUCCCUUGUGGAUGGUGACCCCUGCUGGUCAGGCAUUGCUCUCAGUGACAGUUGGUUUUCAGUCUUGGUAGCAACUAAUGUUUGCACACAAACAUGUUCGUCUCUUUCAAGUAGUCCUUUGUUUUCUGCAGCCAGUGGUCUAGAUAUCUAAGAACUAAGAACUAGAUGAGACUUGUGGCUUUGCUUGCACAUUGUUAUUUAAGGGAGACUGACAAGUUACCACAAACUUUGUUUAAAGCAUUUGUCAUUUUAUCCUGAGAACAUAGUAAAGCCAAAAUCAGACAUUUCUGAGCUGUUUAAAUGAUCAUUUUUUUGUAUGUUACCAUUCAUUCUCAGAGGUAAUGCCUUUUAUAAUUUGUUUUAACGUGGCUUCUCUGAUAUUUACAGAAAAUAGAAUUAUACUCGAUUUGCUUAGAUCAGAAGGUGGCAAACACGACCCCACCUAGUAGUGUUUGAGAGUUCUGUGCUGGGGCUGCCAGAUUGUGGCUUUGCAGUUCCUGAUUGUGGCUUUAACCCUACUUAUAACAAGUUAAUAACAGACCUGUUUACUUCUGCAGGAAGAGUUAGACCACUGCAGUAUAAAAUAGUUUUAAAUGAAGGCUGAUUAACUGUAUGUACAUUUUCAGUUUAGCAUUUCAGUGUUGAAAUGUUGCUUGUUUGCAUCUAAAAUAUCAGUUUCCUUAGUCAGCAACACUAAAUGCUUACGUCUUUCCCAGCAAUUCAACCAAAUAUGAUGGACGAAAGAAGUUCAGGUUGUAUAUCUCUGUGAACUGAGCUGUUGUUUGUGUAUGUGCGUGUGUGUGUGUGUGUGGAGGGGGUUCACUCAGAAGACCUUUUUGUUUGAAGGGCUUCUUUGCCUUAGGAGAGUGUAUGUGAAAACACAGAUUUGAAUAUUGUUUAUUGUACUGUGUGAGUGUGGCCUUCACUGAAUCCUAACAGCUGUGGUUGGGUUCCCAUGCUUUGAACAUUUCAUUUUCUACAUCACUCAAAAGUUUAUUUGUAACAUUUGUUUUAUAUGACAAAAUGUGAAAAAAAGUGAAACACAAAAUAUUUAUAAUUUUUGUAAAGAAUGUAAAAAUGAAACAAAAAUGAAGUUAUUUUUAUUAUGUUCGUUAAACCAUGUUUAUGUGAAAUUCAAAUAUAUGGUCAGCUCUUGAUUUUUUUGUGUCCACUACAACAGCAAGGAUCAAUCAAUAUUAAACUCAUUUUGAAUACAAUGGUCUUUCAUAUUGCUGGAUUCACUGGAAUUACUGGAAGUUAAAAUUGUUCUUAUGUCAUUUUAUGACUUACAGUAGUUUGGACAGGAGCAAAUGUAGAAAUAAAGUAUCCAGAAUCCUU